AUGUGGAGACAGCGCUUGCCUAGGGGCAGGGAUGUCUUCACCACCUUCCCCGAUGUGCUCUUCAUCUUUGAGCUUGUCUUUGGGGGCCUCGUGUGGAUCCUGAUUGCCUCGUCCCUGGUGCCCCUCCCCCAGACCCAGGGCUGGGUGAUGUUCGUGUCUGUGUUCUGCUUCGUGGGCACCACUGCCCUGCUCUUCCUGUACAUAAUUGGUGUCCGUGAUACUAAGGCUUCCUGGAAACUUCUGGACAUAUUCUACCACUUUAUUGCUGCCCUGUUUUACCUCAGCGCCUCCUUCCUAGAAGGUUCGGCUGCCAGGACCAUGGCAGAUGGCUUCCUAUAUGAACAUUACCUCGAAAACAUCGCUGCUAUGGUGUUUUCAUCGCUAGCCACUCUGCUGUACAUGAUCCAUGCGUGUGCUUCUUGCUGCAGACAGUUUGAUUGGUUGGAAAGCCAGGGGCUGUUACCUGAUUUGCCGCCCAACAUGGGUAGGGACUUGCUGCGUUUAACCUCCAACUACUGA